UCAGUUUUCCUGGAAAGUUCUUGGAACGCUAGACGUGCGGUUUCACAAGAAAUGCCGUUUUCAUCCUCGAAUGUCAAUCACAAACAUCAGGAAGCAAUUACCGACCAGCACCACAAUAAAACUCCCAAAAUGAGGCAUUCGAGGAUCAUUCCAGUGCUAGUUCAUCACUCACGAGACCUGCAGUAUGCUUGAAUGAGAAAGAAGAGGGGAUUGAUUCUGUGGGUUUCACAGAGCUGCACUGCUGAUGGCGUCAGAGGCGCUAAACACGGGGCGAUUCUCAGAAAACCAAUUCUGGGAACUCAGACGAAGUGAGCAAGCCAAACCCUGCAGUGUUCCGCUUCUUGUUCAGUUUUAGGGCACGAGCUGAACAGAAACCGCUCGUUUUCAAGAACCAUGUCCGUGUUAUGUACUCGGGUAGUUUGUUAAACAAACCCGCAGACAAGUCGCGCACUUAAUUUGACAGUCGGCGCGAGACUCCUGACGCUGUUUGACAACCUUCCUGCGCUUGAGAAAUAUCUUUGAACUGUUUGUCAUCGCUCAAGGUAGACAGGAUUAUUUUUGGAAGUCCGAGUAAAAACCUGAGGAACAGAAAAACUUUUAAGAAACCCGGCAGAUAACGAACCAGACAUCUUCACAAUGAUUCUGUGCGUUCAAGGGCCAGCUCAUUUGCAAGAUGCUUCUGAUCAAAUGGUCAGUUUUCCAGUGGUGACUUUCUCAUCUCCUCGCUGCAUCCAUGCAACCGUUACCUUAUGGGACCCUAGCAAGGAUUUCAGAUCUAUCUCCAAUAAUUUUUCCUAUCUGGAUGCCUCAGGUUGGUACUGGGGUGCCAUCUCUGCCAGUGAGGCCCACUCUGUCCUACAGGGGGCAUCAGAGGGUACUUUCCUGAUACGGGACAGCAGCCACCCUCUCUAUAUGUUGACACUGUCUGUUAAAACGGGUCGUGGGCCCACGAACGUCCGCAUUGAGUACAGUCUCGGACGAUUCCGUCUGGACUCCACUUCCCCGGCCAGAUCUCGCCUGCAGUCCUUCCCUGACGUCCCAAGCCUCGUGCAGCACUACGUGGACUCCAGGAACAAAGGGGAGGAGGAAAAGACUGAGGAAUUGGAUCACGUAACUUUGCCGGCACCCAAGGAAUGCGCGGUGUUGCUAAAACUCAGAAAGCCAAUCCAUCGUCCUCAAGCCUUUCCUUCUUUGCAGCACCUCACUCGCUUGGUAAUCAACAAACAUACCACUUGCACAGAAAGCCUGCCUCUACCGAGACCAUUGCUUCAGUAUCUUCAGGAUUACCCUUUCCAGCUCUGACAUUGCCAUGGAAACGCACACCACGGCCAAUCAUGAGCUGGAUGCUGAUGUUUUGAAAGAGGCAAAUUAAUGCACAGCCCCAAUCAGAAGUUUGGGUCAAAAAGCAGUGUUAAUCACUUGAAGAGUGACUGUUGUUUCUGGAGCAAGUUUUUGAUGGUCAACAAGUCUAUCUUUUUUUUUUUUUAUACCUAAGUAGGACUGAGUUAAGCCUUGUCCAGAAAUGGACUUCUUAAGAAGAAGUAUGACGUGACUCAACUUUUGAGUCAUACUGUUAAAAGAGCGAGAGGUUAAACCACAGGCAUAGGUUUUAAGAUGAAUUUAAUGUUCAUGAAACUUUUGUAUGGGUCACGUGACCCUUUUAUGAACGAUUCAAAAUGAGAAACUGAGCUCACGAGAGGCACAUACGUAGCUUGGUCUUCAGCACUCUAUAAAGGCGAGCUUAGUCACUGCGCUGCCUUGACUGGAAUUGUUUCUUUCCUUGAAAGUGAAAUGCAGUGAUUUUUUUUUUUGGACUAUUUUAAUCAAGAUUUACAUAUUUUUUUUCUAUGCCCACAAUGUGGAAUUUGUAUGUAUUUAUGGAUGAGAAAUCCUUCAUUUUGUAAUAAAAGUGACAAUCAAAUUUA